AUGACCCCCUCGCCCUCGUUCCGCGAGAAACAGAGGGCGAUCAAGGCGCAUUCGAUGCCCGCCGUCCCCUCACUCGGGCAGAUCCUCGCGAGCCAGAACGGGCAGAUGAUGUACCCCCAGGCACAGCAGCAGCCCAGCCCGACGACUUCCAACUCUUCUCACCAGUCCCGACGCACUCCCCCGCCCACCUCCCGCAUCUCGCCAGUGACGACCAAGGUGGCGUCGCUGCCGGAACGCCAAAGCACCCCGCCACCCCUUCUGCACACCCACAGCCAGCCGGUUAUCUCCCAGCUUCCGAAUCAGCACCACCCGCGCCCCGUCAACCGCGUCCAGCAGCCGCCGUUCUUGGCCCAGUACCAGAACCAGGAGGACAACUGGGCGAUCACGGAGGAGCUCAUGGCGGAGUUCGAGCGGGAGCACGGGCAGUACGGUGCGCAUCCUCCAGGCACCGCCGGAGUAGCUUACGCGGGCGGUGUGGCGUCGAGCCGGACAAAGGCGCGGCACGACUCUGUCCCCGUCCCCGUCCCCACCGCUCCCGCGAAAGACCCUGCGGUGGAGCGCGUGCGUGCUGCUGAUCGUGCGUCCCCCAAAGAUUCAGAUAGCGGCAGCGUCGGGGCGGCGAAGCGCCAGGCGCGGGACAAGGAGCGCGAGGCGCAGGGCGCCCGCGAGAGCCCGAAGACACGCGACCGCUCCGGAACGGUCUCGUCACAGCAUGUCAACGAGGCGCAGGGCAACGUGCGCACGCCCGAGUAUCGUGGCUCGCCACAGUACCAGACCCCGAUGGCGUCCCCGGGCGAGCGCACCGCAGCGUAUACCCAGUACGUCCCCGAGGCGUACCAGUCCUCCCAGCAAUCCGCAACGCAGCCUCCGGUGCGCAAGCCUGUUCCGAACGUGGGAGUGGCCGAAGCCGCGACCACGCGGUUGACGCCGCCCGCGACGUCGAAGCUCGCGAACAAUCACACGCCCCCGUUGCAGACGAUGGCAAUGCGGCCCCCUGAUCGCUCGUUACCUGUGCAAGAGGAGCUUGAGGAAGACGUCGGACACGAGUUCGAACACGAAGAGCCGCAGUAUGCCGACAUGCACCAUGGUUCGCCCACCCCUUCCUCCGACCUAUACCCCGAGGGCCACACGAUCCGCUACGAAACACGCCACGAGCAACGUGAUGAUGACGACGACGAAACGCUUAACGAAGAAGUCGACGAACACAUCCAGCAGAACAAGAGCAGCGAGGACUCCGAAGCGGGCUUUACGCCCCGUUCGCCCUCCACGAACCUGCCCGAGCGUCCCCGCGAUGUCCAGUACGUGGGUCCUACGGGUCAGUACGCAGGCCUGAAUGCCCAAUACGGGCAAGCGCAUGCCGACAACCAGAAGACCAUCCGGCAGAAGCCUCGCGCAGCUACCAUCGACCAGCUCGGUAUGCGAAGCUUCGAUCCCGCGAUGUUCGAGCACGAGAUCAACGGCCUCAGGGGAAGCAAUCACGACUUGCCCUCCAAUGGCCAUCGCGAGCGCGCAUCGCAGUCUCCUCAGCAGGUGCACUCCGAGCCUCCUAGGCCUACGCAGCAACAGCUACCGCCUCCUCAGCAGCAACCGCAGGCCCAGUAUGAUCCGCGUCUGUACGCGCUCAACCACAUCUUGGAUCAGCGCCUCGGAUAUCACUGGAACGGUUCCGAACACCAGUCGGACGAUUUGCAGAGUCUGUUCGACGACCCCACCUCGUCCUACCUGCAGACGUUCCUCCGCUCGGCGAGCGCGCGCCCUGGCGCGCCUGUCCCGCCGACCCCACAGAGCCACACCGCGGCACCGUCACCCUCGCCGCUCAUCUCCGCGAUGCCCUCCGACGUCGAGCCGCGCCAGAUCGGAUCUCCAUACCCCUACCCGUUCACGCACAUCCGGCGCCAGACACACUCCGGAGCGAUCCCCACGCCGUCGACGAACUACGACAUCAACAACAACCCGGCGAUAAUCCGCGAGCAGCUCGCGCUGCAGAUGCAGAUCUACGCGCUCAACAACGGCCUCGCGCAACCCUCGUCCGAGUCUGCGUUCUCGCCGUCCUCGACGCCCUACCCUGGCCCCGGCUACAACCCCUGGCAAUUCGUGCCCGCGGCGGGCACCGCGGGUCUGAAUGCACAUAUGGCCACCGCGAGUAUCCGUUCGAGCCCGAGCCACGAGCCCGUGAGCCUGCCUCUGCCGCCGAUGCGCGGCCGUGGGCUACGCCGGCGCGAGCCUAUCAAUGGGCACCUGCGCGCGGCCCAGCCCCCGCGCCAGACGCGUCCGAGGGUCAAGCCUCCGCCGCGCGUGGACAGCACUCAGCCAAGGGAGACGAGCCCGGAGAUGUCCUCUGGAGAGGAGACGAGCACUGCGGGAGAGGAGCGCUUCGUGGACCCGUACGUCCAGGGGGUUCCCGGGAUGAACGGCAACGGGAACGGUGCCGUCACGGAGAUCUGGGAUGAGCCGCUGGAAGGCGAGGACGGCGAGUGGGUGGAUGAGGAGAUCGAUGGCGAGGAGGAGGACCUGCUCGAUCUGGAGUACCACCCGUCGUUCGUCAGCAACCCGCAGAAGAGGCGACGCCGGUUCGACACGCGCUGGGACGCGCUUGUCCAAGCAUUCCAAGCACUGGACAGAGAGACCGACGCGACGCUCGUGCUGCUUGCUGCGCCCUCGCACUCCACGAAGCUGCACGCGCUCACGUCGCGGGCGCUCCGGCGCGACCCCGCGCUCGCCAACUCCCCCGCACUCUCGAACGUCCGCCGCGGGUUCUCCGCACUCGCCACCCAACGGCGCACCGCGCGCAAGGCGCAGCACAUGUCGCUUGCCGAGCGGCUCUCCUCGCGCUCGGACUCGUCCGUGGACGGCUCGCCCGGCGCGAACUCCCCAGGGGAGAUGGACCUGCGGCGCGCGCUCGAGGCCGCGCUCGGGAGCCUGGGCGCGUUGUCGGCGAUCUACGACCAGCGCGAGGCGCGGUGGAGGGACGAGAUGCGCAAGCAGAACGACGACCGGGAGCGCAUUGAGCUGCUCUUGAGGCAGGCUCUGGGCCCGGUCGCGCUGAACAGGCACGGGCCCGGGAUCGGUACCAACGGGGUGUGA